AUGCCGCAUCGUCGGGGCGGUCAACGUCCCCGUUUUGUCCGUACACAACACCGUCGCGCAGCCCAUCGUCUCGCAGGAGGCCAAAUCCCGCACGAGAUUCCCAUCGUGGAGCAUUUGUCGCAUGCUGUAGGCGAGGGAAAGGGUCACCGACAGCGGCAGCCCCUCCGGCACCGCCACCACCACCAUCGCAAUUGCCGUCAUGAGAUCCUCCCCGACCAUCCGCAGGGCGAAAAUCGCCCCGUACACGAAAUAAUCGUAAAGCUGCUUAAAAAGCAGGACCGAAAAGGUGCUGACGGCCACUAA